AAAUAACUGUUAGUGACUGUGAGUAGAAGGCCGUGAGCAUAUUACAAACAGAUAUUAGUCUGGCUUUGCAUAUAGUUUCCGACGUUCCCUCGUUUCAACGGUCAAAAUGGCUAUCAUCCUUCACAAAUAACCAAUCUGUAGAUUGGUAAUGACAUCUUCUAAAGUUCUUCGGUUCCGUUCCUCGCUCGGUAGUACCAGCGAUGUCCAUCACCAUCUUGCCCAUUUUCAUUUCUCCACAACACCAUUCCUUAACCUUCAAAUUGAAAAUCAACAACGGCCAACGCCAUUACUAAUAAACAGAAAACAAAAACAAUCAAAUAUCAUCAGUAGCUCUGAGCAUACAAUUAAGCCUGUUAUAGCCAUUAUAAAGUCAUGCUCAACCAAGGACCAUUUACUUCAAAUACAUGCUCACAUCACCCGUACAUUACUCAUUCAAGAACCAACUAUCGUAACCAACUUCUUGUCCUCCGCUGCCUUCUCCCCGUUUCGUGACAUAUACUAUUUUCGCCGAGUUUUCUCUCAAAUACGCAGGCCUACUGCUUCUCACUACAACAUCAUGAUCAGAGCUUACUCGCAGAGUGGUUCUCCCGAGGAGGGCUUCUACCUGUACAGAGAAAUGCGACGGGUAGGUAUUCGUCCAAACCCAUUGUCUUCUUCCUUUGUUCUGAAGUCAUGCACUCGGAUUCCUUCGCUAAUUGGAGGUAGACAAAUCCAUGCCAGGAUAUUACGAGAUGGGCAUCAUUCUGAUUGUCUUCUACUUACUACUUUGAUGGGCUUCUACGCAUCUUGUGGAAAUAGCGAUGAAGCCUAUCAUGUGUUCAAUGAAAUGCCUAAACCAGAUACCGUUGCUUGGAAUGUUUUGAUUUCUUGUUAUGCUCUGAAUGGUCGGACCAAAGAUGCUCUCGCCGUGUUUGAUGUUAUGCAGACUGAAGUAUAUGGAUCCAAACCGGAUGAUGUCACUUGUUUACUUCUCCUCCAGGCUUGCACACACUUGGGUGCGCUAGAUUUUGGUAAGAGAAUUCACAAUUACAUUGACGAACGUGGCUACAGUGGCACUCUCAAUCUUUGCAACUCACUUGUGGCAAUGUAUACACGAUGUGGGUGUUUGGAUAUGGCUUAUCAGGUGUUCCAGGGGAUGACUAAGAAGAGUGUUGUUACUUGGAGUGCCAUGAUUUCUGGUUUGGCAAUGAAUGGACAUGGAAGGGAAGCUAUUGAAGCAUUCAAUGAGAUGCAGAGAAUGGGUGUCCCCCCAGAUGAUCAGACUUUUACAGGGGUUCUUUCAGCUUGUAGCCAUAGUGGAUUGGUUGAUGAAGGUAUAAGUCUUUUUCAACGUAUGAGGGCAGAGUUCAGGUUGAUUCCGAACAUUCGUCAUUAUGGAUGCAUGGUUGAUCUCUUAGGUCGGGCAGGUUUACUUGAUGAAGCCUACCAUCUUAUAAAUUCAAUGGAGGUUAAGGCAGAUUCAACAAUUUGGAGGACCCUACUUGGAGCUUGCAGAAUUCAUGGCCAUGUUGCACUUGGGGAGCGUGUUGUCGGACACUUGAUUGAGUUGAAAGCACAAGAAGCAGGGGAUUAUGUUCUGUUGUUGAACAUCUAUGCUUCGGUUGGUAACUGGGGGAAGGUGGCAGAUGUGAGGAGGUUGAUGAAGGAGAAAGGAAUUCAAACCACACCUGGUUGUAGCACUAUUGAAUUGAAUGGAAGAGUUCAUGAGUUUGUGGUGGAUGACAAUACACAUCCAUGGAAGGAGGAGAUUUAUGAAAUGCUCAAUGAGAUUGGAAGUCAACUAAAACUUGCAGGUUAUGUUGCUGACAUGUCAGCUGAGCUGCACAAUUUGGGUGCCCAAGAGAAGGGAUAUGCCCUAUCUUAUCACAGUGAGAAGUUGGCUAUUGCUUUUGGAGUUCUUGCAACUCCACCAGGUACAACAAUCAGAGUGGCAAAGAAUCUACGUAUUUGUGUUGAUUGCCACAACUUUGCAAAGGUUCUUUCAGGGGUUUAUAAUCGGGAAUUGUUUAUUAGAGAUCGAAGUCGAUUCCACCAUUUCCGUGAGGGAUUCUGCUCAUGUAAGGAUUACUGGUAGCUAUCUUUAAGCUUAGAUAUACAGCUUCAACAUUUUAUGGGAGAGUGAAAGCUGCAUACUGCAAAGAUAAGAAGUCCAAUGCACUUUUUAUCAAAGAGUCGUGGGCUCUGGUGCAGAUGAGCAUGCACUGUUUGCUUUGGCUCCAUGGUAUGCGUUCUCAUGGUUUACAAGGAUUACAAUUAUUGAGAAAAGUAAAUCAGAGGUUGAUCUUACUCACCACCUUAAUGUAUUAAAGUUUACUGCAUGGAAGUUGGAGCUCUUCUUUGGAAUGGGUGUCUUCUGAGAAAAGCAAUAAUAAGCACAGAAAAUUAUCCUACUUUAUGGAUUGCAACUAUUUACAGCUGUGUCCCCAUAUACUGACAUCUGAAAAUUUGAACUUGACAAUUGAAAAAUUAACAAAUAUGAUGUGAGUGUCCUAGAAACCGUAUUACAGAAAGCCUGAACUUUUGGUCUGUGUUUCACCAUUUCUUCCUAAUAGCAUGGACCCUGAAGUCCUAGACCUGUUAAAGUCUGUACAACACCAUAAUUACAUAUUCUUUUGAACCAUGAGAUGUGAUUCUGAUGCUGUGAAGUCAGAUAUUCUCUGAAUAUAAUAAAAUAAUGUAUUUUAUUGACUGAUGAUAAUAUCAACCAAAAGUGUUGAUUUCGUUGCUACCUAAAAUUUUUGGACAUUACCUGGAAUUGCCUCACUUCCAGUUACUGAAUACAGAGAAAUAGGAGUUUCAGUUGUUUUCUGUUCUGAUAUUAAGCAUUCCUUGGUGCAGGCUACACAUUAUCAUGUUCUCCAUCACUUGUUCCUAUUGAUCACUGCACUUUCCCACCUAUUAAUAAUCUAAUAUUAACCCUUUUUCUCCAUGCAUCUCUGACUUCUUUGAUUUCUGAUGUCUCUCUUAUUACCUCUCAUUGCUUCCAGAUCCAGCACAUGUCCUGAUUGCUAUUCCGCCUGGCAAUUACUUGCUUGAAUUGCUGAAGGAGAAGCUUAAACAAAAAGUAGUGAAUUGAGGAUCUGAUCAUGUUGGUCUGUGACAUUACAGGAACAUUGUAGGUUUGGGAUAUCCAUAUUUGCGUGGAGCAUCAUUCUUAGGAGUGGUCUUUUGAGUGCUGUUAGAGAAUAAAAACCUAUUCAGGGACCUCACCUAAUAGCUUAAGAUUUUAGGUUGAAUGGUUCCUUGACAUUGUAUCAGAGUUUGGUUGACCAAAUGGUCUAGUGUUCAAUCCUCACUGCUCCCAUUAUGAUUAAUUAAAUUUCAGCACAAGGUAUGGGUGCAGCUGUGCUUUUCCACACUUCAAGCCCACUAGGCUUUCGCAUGAAAGGGUGUCUUGGAGAAUAGAAACCUAUUCAGGGACCUGACCUAACAGCUUAAACUUUUAGGUCGAAUGGUUCUUUGACAAGUGUUAACUUUGUUGAACCUUCCGAUAAGAAGGUUGACAUUCAUUUGAAAUCUAUGAAUUUGGUGGAGUGUACUCAUGAUCCAACUACAUCCCUAGUCUUUGGAAUCUCUAGUGCUUCAGAAUUAUUCAUAUUGAUAAUUUGAUAUUAUAUGUUGCUUUUCUUCUUAAUAUUAUUUUCAGUAAUAUUGUACUAUUUAAUUUUCUCUUUUGAGUAAUGCUAAAACCAUGGAGCCACUUAAUUCAUAAAAGGACAAAAUAUAAACAGGAGUCAUUAUGCAAAUACAUGGGAUUAGUGAGGUGUAGUGUGUUCCUCUUUUGUGAUUUAAGAUCACCGUGUUCACUUACUUCCAUCAUGCUAGCCCUUGCUUUCUUUGUAAUCAGUAAUGCUUGGAAAAGGUUUCCUCGUUUGGUUAAGAAGGUUAGCUUUCUUGAUGACCCUACAGAUCUACCUCAUGGAAGAAUCUUCUAGCUGAUCUGAACCAUCCAUUAUUUACGGGGCCUUUUGUAUUGAUCACAUUUUCACUUCCCCACUUUACAUUAGCUGUAUGCCCCCAUUCAUAACGCAGUUUUCACCAUGUAGUAAAAUCACUUGAAAUUCUUGGCUAUGGAAGCAAGGAAAGAAACCAUGGAAGAAAAAAACCAAAUUCUUACAUGAAUGACAAUUUGUAAUUUUUGGGUGAUUGGGAUUUUUGGUCAACUUAAUUUUUUUUAAAGGUUAUUAUCUAAUUUGUUAGUUGUUAUUGUCAUAGU